AUGAGGAUCGAACACUGCUUCUUCUGCUCGGCUCCUUGCUACCCGGGCAAGGGGAUCACUUUCGUUCGUAACGAUGCCAAGAUGUUCAAGUUCUGCAAGUCGAAAUGCCACAAGAACUUCAAGUUGAAGCGCAACCCCAGAAAGGUUCGCUGGACAAAGGCUUUCCGCAAGGCCAACGGCAAGGAGAUGACUCUCGACUCUACGCUCGAGUUCGAGAAGAAACGCAACGUACCCCUCCGCUACGACCGAGAGCUCAUUGCCACCACCCUCAACGCCAUGAAGCGCAUCCAGGAGAUCAGGACUCGUCGCGAGAUCGCCUUCUACAAGGCUCGUAUCGCCAAAGCUGGCAUCAAGGCCAAAGCCAAACAGGCAGAUCGUCUUGUUGUCCACCGCAACACCCACCUUCGUGCUUCCAUCGAGGCUUCCCGCCCUACUCCUUCUUCCAGCACGCACAAGAUCAAGGUCAAGGCUACCUCGGCAAAGUCAAAGUCGGCACUGGUUGCUGCUGGCAACUCGGCUAUGACUAUGCGCAUGGAUACCGACUGA